AUGGCAGAAAAUUCGCCUCAAUCCAAAAAAUCUCAACUUUCGGGCGACAAGCCCUUGACAAAGCACUAUGACUGGGCCGAUGAGGACCCAGACCCCCUCCCAGUCGUACGGGAACACAUAACCGAUCGAUGGGACGACAUCGUCGGCGACAAGCACGACGACCUGACAGAUGUCUUGCCAUAUCUACGCGAGGAACGCAUUCGCACAUUGCGCGACUCGUCGCCGCAAGAAGUUUCGGCUGAGUCCGACAACGGAUUGCCAGAACAUGGCUACCUCCGCAUCAUCGAUGCUAUGCAUCGCACAUUCCAGCGCGAUCACGCGCUUCACGACGAUUACUGA